AUGUCCACCACCGACAACACCGACAACACCGACACCAACACCCGCCCCGGCCUCACCCUCGGCUACACCACCACCCACCCCUUCUCCCGUACCCCCCUAACCGACCGCGCCUCCGUCCAACACCUCCUCACCACCCUCCUCGACCCCCUCGAACCCUUCUUCUCCCCCGGCCACGCCCGCGUGCGCCUCCCCGGCGGCACAGCCGUGCGCUUCGACCAAACCGCUUCCGAAGUCGAAGGCUUCGCGCGUCCGCUAUGGGGCGUGGCUUUUCUUCUCGCGGGCGGGGGGGAGUACCGAGGUUCGGAGUGGUGGGUGGAGGGGUUGAGGAAUGGGACGGAUCCGGAGACGGAAAAGGAGGGGGAGUAUUGGGGGUAUCCGGCGGAUAAUGAUCAGAGGAUGGUGGAGAUGUGUCCUUUGGGGUUUGCGUUGGCCGUUGUGCCGGGGAUUUGGGAGGGGAUUGGGGAGAGGGGGAGGGGGAAUGUUGAGCGGUGGUUGGGGAAUAGUAUUAAUGAGAAGAACAUGCCCAACACCAACUGGUUGUGGUUCCGCGUGUUUGCGAACCUGGGACUGAAAAAGAAUGGCGGACAGUUCUCGCAGGAGCGCCUGGAUGCCGAUAUCAAGCACCUCGAGACGUUUUACCGCGGCGAUGGAUGGUCCAACGAUGGGCCCGAGGGCAUCCACCAAAUGGACUAUUACUCGUCCAGCUUCGCCAUCCACUUCCUCCAGCUCCUGUACGCCAAACUAGCUGGCGAGGACGACCCCGAGAACGCAGCCGAGUUCAAGAAGCGCGCCCAGCUGGCUGCCCUCGACCUGUUGCAUUAUUACGAUGAAGAAGGCCGCGCCAUCCCCUUCGGCCGCAGCGUCGGCUACCGCUUCGCCAUGGUCUCCUUCUGGGGCGCCCUCGCCUACGCCGACGUCGAGCUGCCCGCUCCGCUGACCUGGGGCAUGGUCAAGGGCAUCGUGAUGCGCCAUCUGCGCUGGUGGCAGACCCAGCACGAUAUCUGGUCGUCUAGCGGGACGCUGACUAUCGGGUACUCGUACCCGUGUAUGUAUAUGGCGGAGAAUUAUAACAGCCCUGGGAGUCCGUACUGGGCCUGCCUGGCCUUCAUCUGCCUCGCGGUCCCCGAAACCCACCCCUUCUGGACAUCCAAAGAAGAAGACCACUGGGCCGUGUCCCCGCGGAUCAAAGCGCUCAAACAGCCCGGUCACAUCAUGAGCAACCUCGGAGGCCACUGCAUGCUCCUCUCCUCAGGCCAAGCCUGUUCCUACCCGAUGAAAGGCACCCACGCCAAAUACGGCGCCUUCGCCUACUCCUCCGCCUUCGGCUACUCCGUGCCCACGGGUCUCUUCACCCUCGAACAAUACGCCCUAGCCUCCCAACUCGGCCUCUCCGACGACGAAGGCGAGUCCUGGAAAACCCGCCGCCUGUCAACCUCCACCCUCGAAACGCGCAGCGACGGAGAAGGGGCUCUUCCCGUGCUGGUCUCGCUCUGGUCGCCCUUCCGCGACGUGCACGUCAAGACUUACCUCCUCCCGCCACGCGAAGACACACCCAACUGGCAUCUACGGGCACACCAGAUCCGGGCUGAGGGGCGGGAAGUGAUGACGGCCGACGGCGGGUUCGCGAUCCGCAGUUCGCGGGCGAAAGAUGGGAGGAUGCUGGGUGUGUAUGAUGACAAGGUCACACACGAGGGCACGCGGCCGGUUUUGGUCGGGAAUUACGAUCUUGCUACGCCGGCGGGGUGGGCGGAUGGAAGGGAGGGGGCGUUUGGUGUGUCGGUUGGGGCGGUGGGUGUGAAGGCGUUGGAGGGGGAUGUGAUUGUCGGAGACCAGACGGGAGAGACGAAGAAGAGAACGGCGAUGUUGGUGAAUGCGGAUCCGAAUUCGAAUUUGAUUGAGGGGCGGACGACGAUUCCGACGUUGCAGGGGACGGUAAGGAAGGGGGAGACGGUGUGGUAUGUUACGGCGGUGUAUGCGAAGCCGAGUGGGGAGGGGGUUGAGAGGAGGGAGUAUUUGAGUGGGUGGGAUAAGGUGCCUGAGGUCCCGGCGUGGUUGAGAAAGGAGAUCGCGCAGUAG